AUGUCCAGCAACUCUCUGUCAGAGGACGUCAACAAGAUACGAGGUGCAGAGAGGGACAUUAUUCGAGCGGUCGAGGUUGCCGCGGAGGUAGUGAAAGAGUUGUCCAAGCUUGGAGACGCGGAUCAGUCCCUUGUCGAGAAAAAGAGCAAGGAAUUUCUGGGCAUUAUCAAGGAGUAUCUGAGGUCCUUAAAGCAAGACCUUGUGGACCGGACACGCAUCACAGCGGCUGGAGACCAAAAGGGGGAGCUGUCAAAUACCAGUGUUGGCACUCCAGCAGAGGUGAUGGAGGAGGGGUGA